GUCCUAUAUUAGUGUGCGGCUGGACCCACUUAAAGUGUGGUCCUGGAACAAAGAGUACCUACCUACAUACAUACACCUCACUUGACGGAGGAACACCAACUUCUUUUCUGAGCACACAGUCUCAUAGCAUACCACUCUUUUUCUCAUUCCGACUUUUUAUCACUGCAACUUCUGCCAGUGUAGAAGCCUUAUGCUUAUACCUGGCCUCACCCUCUCUGUGACCUCGCCUGAGCAUAAAUAAAUGCACGAUGGCGGAAGACUUGGGUCUCACGAGAAAAUCAGACUGGUUGGACAUUCUCACAGAGAGUAAAGACGAAACAGGCGAAAGCAGUUACCGAAUAUAUUUUCCCAAAACGAAGACUGAAUGGAAGAUUGAGCAGAUCUUGACCGAGAGAGUUUUUGAUGCCAGGGACACCGGAGAGCACGACCUUUACGAAGCCUCCGGGAUUUGUAUUGCUGUUCAGACAGAAGGCCCAUCGAAAAGUUCGGAGGCGAUAUUGAGAGUACGAAUGCAGAUCCCUCCUGACACCAGCAAUGACGAAGAUGAUGAUGACAGAGAGCACUCUAAAUUCGCAAAGGAUGAAAUCAGUUGGAUGGCAGACAAUGAGAUUGAUUUCCUUGAGCAGCUCACAGAGAAAGGCUGCAGUUGCACUCCUAAACUGCUAGACUAUCGCAUAUCAACACAGACAAAGGAUCAAUAUGUCCCGGGUGGAUAUAUUGCGUUUAUCUUAAUGGAGAAGGUACCGGGUCGGAAUCUGAAUAAUUUCCACACCUUCACGCUGAAGGAGCGAGAUGAAGUCAGGAUAGCCGCUGCAAGGGCUAUACGGGAGUUCUAUUCUCUUGGAUAUCGCCACAUGGAUCGCGGUAGACACAACCUAAUAUGGGAUGAUGAGACAAAAAGAUGUUUCAUCGUAGAUCUAGAGAGUGUUGAAUACGUGGGGAAGCCCAAGAAAUUCAUACCGAAUUCGGAAUUUGUUGUGUGGGAGCUUGCGUGCAAGAGUCGAUACGGUAACCUCCAUACAGUCGACCCGAUGGUCUCCAGAGGCAAUGAAGAGGCACCGGAUGACGAAUCAUUGCGCGCAUUGGUUUCUCGUCCACUCAAAAGAAAAAGGGCAAAGAUAUAGUAGGGUGGAAAUUUCGGAUAGGUGUAUUUUUCUUCUAUUUUCUUUUUUCUAUUUUUCUCUUCUCGGUUUUCAUGUAGUGAAGAGGUACACUUGUGAUGUAUGAAAUUUGAGUCAAAGACAAGUAGUCGGUGAAUUCGAUCUCCCUGUUCUGCUCUUAUCAAGAA